UUUCUUUUCUUACUUGCAAUAAUUAACAUUAGAGAACAAGAGAUAGCUAAAUUAAUUUAUAACUUUAUAGUUUCUUAUACUAAUUAUUUCCUCUUCUUAUAUUUUAGGUCAUCCUGUCAUUCCUGCAAACACUAAUCAAUCAUGGGAUUUGAAGUUAAUACUACUAAAUAAAUGAAUUGCUUAAUCUCCUAUGACCAUCUAUACAUGCUUCAUCUUCACAAAGCUUAUCAAUUUUAUGUCAUCAAGGACAGAGCGACCUUCAUUUCCACAAAAUGUCUCUUGCUACUGGACAAGUUGGUUGUAAAUUUAUCACUUAUCCUCAGGAAGAAAGUCCUUCGAAAUCUGCAUUUGACAAAUGCAACUCUAUGUUUUAUCAAUUGACCAGGUCAUACUGAAUUCCAAAACCAUAACCGUGGAAUACUAAAGGGUCUGUUGCUUUUCUGAACAUUUCAGCUAAAAUGAAGGACAUGCAACUCAAAAUUAAUUUUCUACUUGGCCUAGUUAUCACUGCAGUGGUACAGGCUGUAGAAAAAAAAGCAGACUGCCCAGAGUUGUGUAUAUGUGAGAUCAGACCCUGGUUCACUCCCCGGUCUGUGUAUAUGGAGGUUCCAACAGUGGACUGUAAUGACUUAGGCCUUUUUAAUUUUCCAGCCAGGCUGCCUGCCGACACACAGGUUUUACUUCUACAGACUAACAAUAUUGGAAAAAUUGAACACUCAGUAGACUUCCCAGUGAAUUUAACUGGUCUAGACCUAUCUCAGAACAAUUUAUCCUCGGUGGCCAGUAUUAAUCUUACAAAGAUACCGCAGUUGCUUUCUGUGUACCUUGAAGAAAACAAACUUACUGAACUCCCUGAAGAAUGUCUCUCUGGACUCCACAAUUUACAAGAGCUUUACAUUAAUCAUAACAUGCUUUCUAUGAUUGCACCGGGAGCUUUCAUAGGCCUCAAAAAUCUUCUCAGACUUCAUCUCAAUUCAAAUGGUCUGCAAAUGAUCAACAGUAAGUGGUUUGAAGCUAUUCCUAAUCUGGAGAUUCUCAUGAUUGGAGAAAAUCCAAUAAUCAGAAUUGAAGAUAUGAACUUUAAGCCUCUUAUCAAUCUGCGCAGCCUAGUUUUAGCCAGCAUAAAUCUCACUGAAAUACCAGAUAAUGCUUUGGCUGGCCUUGAAAAUUUAGAAAGCAUUUCCUUCUAUGACAAUAGAUUUGUUAAAGUGCCCCAUAUUGCUCUUCAAAAGGUUACAAAUCUUAAAUUUCUGGAUCUAAAUAAGAAUCCCAUUAACAGAAUACGAAGGGGAGAUUUUAGCAAUAUGCUGCACCUGAAAGAGUUAGGAAUUAAUAAUAUGCCUGAAUUGAUUUCCAUAGAUAGUCUUGCUGUUGAUAAUUUACCAGAUUUAAGAAAAAUAGAAGCUACCAACAAUCCAAGAUUAUCAUACAUUCAUCCAAAUGCUUUCUACAGACUUCCCAAGCUGGAAUCACUCAUGCUCAACAGCAAUGCACUGAGCGCCCUGUACCGCAGUACAAUAGAAUCACUGCCUAACCUGAAGGAAGUUAGUAUACACAGCAAUCCCAUUAGAUGUGAUUGUGUCAUCCGCUGGAUUAACAUGAAUAAAACAAAUAUUCGCUUCAUGGAGCCAGAGUCUCUGUUUUGCGUAGACCCUCCUGAAUUCCAAGGCCAGAAUGUGAGACAGAUACACUUCCGGGAAAUGAUGGAAAUCUGUCUCCCUCUGAUAGCUCCUGAAAGUUUUCCAUCUACUUUGGAUUUAAAAACUGGCAGCCAUAUUUCCUUACACUGCAGAGCAACAGCAGAACCAGAACCUGAAAUCUACUGGAUAACACCAUCAGGACAUAAACUUUUGCCUAAUACUAUUUCUAAUAAAUACUACAUUCAUUCUGAAGGAACAUUAGAAAUAAGUGAUGUAACACAGAAAGAAAGUGGCUUAUACACAUGCAUAGCAACGAAUUUAGUUGGGGCAGAUCUAAAGUCGGUCAUGAUUAAAGUGGAUGGCUCUCUUCCUCAGGACAGCAAUGGACCUUUAAAUAUUAAAAUAAAAGAUAUAAGAUCUAAUUCUGUUUUGGUUUCAUGGAAAGCAAGUUCUAAAAUUCUGAAGUCCAGUGUUAGAUGGACUGCUUUUCUGAACGCAGAAAACUCUCAGGCUGCACAGAGUGCUCGAGUACCAUCUGAUAUAAAGGUAUAUAACCUUACACAUCUAAAUCCGUCAACUGAAUACAAAAUUUGUAUAGAUAUUCCCACUAUUUACCCCCAGAAUAAGAAACAAUGUAUCAACGUAACCACUAAAGGACUAGAUAUGUCAGUGAAAGGCUAUGAAAAGAACAGCAUAAUAGGAUUUCUUGCCUGCCUUGGUGCUCUUCUGGGAAUCAUCUCUGUGGUAUAUCUCUACAGCUGCAUCUCACGAGACAUGAACCAUGAUGUCCAACACAGCUAUCUAAAGAAUUACCUGAAGAAACAAUCCUUUUCACUCAAUGAGCUUUAUCCUCCUCUAAUCAGUCUUUGGGACAUGGGCAAAGAAAAAAGCACAGCAAUGGAAGUGAAAUCAACUCUAAUAGGCGUACCAACCAACAUGUCAUAAAUAUCAAUUUCUGAAAUAAAAAGCACAGGACUGUAUUUGUGCUAAAUAAAAAAGAAACAAGAAAAAGUGUAUCUUUUAGAAAUUAGAUGCCUGGACUUUGCUGCUGACAAAUAGGAAUAUAUACUGCCUCAGCAUAAGAGAAGAAUUUUAACUAAGGCUUCUAAGGGUAUUCUACCAACCAAAUACAAUUAACUUUGUUUUCUAGAACUUUCAUGGGACUUUUAAGUCUGGAAUACAGUGCAAGUAGCCAAGAACAUUUUCUGUAUUUUAUUUUAUUUUUUUUUACUAUUACUUAAAAGUAGUGGAACUGAGCAAUACCUCCUCCUGUGCUGUAUCACAUACAAUAGCCACGAGUUUUGCAGUGAAAAGAUAUACUAGGAUUGACACAUGGUAUAAUGAAAUGGACAAAUUCUGUAGAGUAGACACAGUGAGUAUGUGAAAUUUUUUUAUGAGGAAAAUACAUUUUUGAUUAAAAUCAAAACUGUUUUUGGCUUGUUUGUUUCUAGAGAAGUAUUCUGGGUGCUCUUGUCUGACAAUAAACAAAUUCAUUAUAAUAUCUGAUAAAAUAUUUCCUUACAUAUUCUCCUGUUGAAAUGCCAGUUGGAUCACAUAGGUCAUUUUUGCUGCUUUUAGGCUGUACAAGUGCAAUGACUCGCAUAAUAAAACACUUUCACAAAGUACUUACCCAUACUGGUUAGUAAUAAUAACUGUAUUUUAC